AUGAAAGUAGAGGUGGGUAUCAGUGGUAUGGGAUGGAAUGAGGAAGAUAAGGCCAUAGUUAAAGCAGUUUUGGGUACUAGGGCUUUUGAUUACUUGAUUUCGAGCUCGGUUUCAGCAGAAUGCUUGUUAACGGCAAUGGGGAAUGAUGAAAAUUUGCAGAAUAAGCUUUCAGAUCUCGUGGACAGCCCAAACGCGGUCAAUUUUAGUUGGAAUUAUGCGAUUUUUUGGCAAAUUUCGCGAUCUAAGUCUGGGGAAGGUGGUCCAGGGAGGUGUUUUGCAUCCGAGAGGCAUAUAUGGCUCUCGGAUGCUUUGAAGUCCUCAACGGAUUACUGCAUCCGAUCAUUACUCGCAAGGUCUGCAGGUAUCCAAACUAUUGUUCUGAUCCCAACUGAUAUUGGAGUAGUUGAAUUGGGAUCAGUGAGAUCCAUACCUGAAAGUUUAGAGCUGUUGCAGUCAAUAAGAUCCUUGUUCUCGUUUUCAUCGCAAGGCAGGUCGAAACCAAUGGUAGCCCUGCCGGUGAUAACUGAGAAGAAGGAUGGAAAUGCUCAGCUCUCUAAUAUGUGUAUUGGUGGCGAGCGGCCAGAUGGAAUUCCAAAGAUUUUUGGGCAGGAUUUGAACUUGAGUCGUCCCCAGUUUAGGGAAAAACUUGCUGUUAGGAAAGCAGACGAGAGGUCAUGGGAAGUGAACUCAAAUGGGAACAGGCUACAGUUAACAAAUACUAUAAAUGGUCUUCAUGGUUCAAAUUGGGCACAUUUCAAUGGGGUGAAGCAGGGAGGCACAGUAGAGAUUUACAGUCCUCAGACCCCAUCAAACCAUUUACAGGAACCCAUCAAUGGCAGUGCUGAGUCCGAGCAUUCAGAUGUUGAGGCUUCAUGCAAAGAAGAGCGAACAGGCCUGGCCAAUGACAAGAGGCCUCGAAAGCGUGGCCGAAAGCCUGCUAAUGGAAGAGAGGAGGCCCUCAAUCAUGUGGAGGCAGAAAGGCAGAGGCGCGAGAAGUUGAACCAACGCUUCUAUGCAUUGCGAGCUGUUGUGCCCAAUAUCUCCAAGAUGGACAAAGCCUCCCUGUUGGGAGACGCGAUUGCUUACAUAACUGAUCUUCAGAAGAAGCUCAAGGACAUGGAAUCGGAGAGGGAAAGACUAGGAACCACAUCAAGAGAUGAAUUGGCCUUUGAAGCUAAUUCAAAUUCAGAAAGUCCUGAUAUUGAAAUUCAAGUUGUCCAUGAUGAGGUUAUUGUAAGAGUGAGCUGCCCUUUGGAUACUCACCCGGUAUCAAGAGUCAUUCAAGCUCUCAAAGAGGCCCAGAUCACAGUUGUUGAGUCAAAACUUGCGACAGGGAACGAUAAAGUGUUUCACACGUUUGUCAUCAAGUCUCAAGGAUCAGAACAACUGACAAAGGAAAAAUUGAUUGCAGCAUUUUCCCGUGAAUCCAACAUGUCAGGGCCAUUGUCAUCGGUUGGGUAAUAAGAGGAUUGAUUAUAUUUAGCAUAGUUUGGAAGCAUAAUAUGUAGUGAAGAACCCCUUUCAAAAAUUUCUGCGGAGGUCUUGAUAUACAGGGUGCAGCUAGAAAUAGAAAAAUAACUUCCUAUUGACCAAGUAGGAUAGCAAAUUUUCUGUUUUUGCUUAUAGUAUAUGUAUGAUGUCAAGAGAAAGUAUGCUGGCCAGAUGAUUUAAAUUUGUGAAUUUAACUGGCUCUGCUAUUGUUGCUUGUUUAGAAGCUGCC